CCCUUCGAUUCUCUCUCUCUCUCUCUCUCUCUCCCUCUCUCUCUCUCUCUGUUCAGUCAUGGUAGUGGAGAAGAGCAUUUCUCCCUUGAGAUCGCAGGCUCAGAUCCAUGACAACUUUUUCAAACCCGAUAAGGAUGGUACAUUGAAAGAAUAUGCGCAUUCCACACUGACUUCUAUUAAUAAAGCUAGCUCUCAAAUAAAGAAGCCCCCUCACCGUAAAAGCGCAUCUCCUUUACAUUGGUUCCCUCGAAAGAAGACUGAUUCCUACUUAGAGAGGAAGUUACGGUUGCUACGGGAGGUUGGUGGCAUGAAUUCCAGUCUCGGUGAGACCUUAGGUGAUUCAAAUCCUCAUUAUUGCAGGGUAGAGAGAGAAAAAAUAGCAGCAAGAUCUGCUGCACGAAAGGCCAUGGAGGCUCGUAAAGCUGCGAUGGUGGAAGCAUCUUGGUGCCGGAUCCUUAAAGCAGCCAGGAUCAAUAGCAAAGAAGCUGAACUGCAAUUUGCAAGAGCAGAAAAUUUUUCAUUUGAAGCUUUUCUAGCAGCAACAGCUGUCGGGGUUAUAAUGUAUGAUAAGCCUGGCAGCACUAAACGGCCAUCUGAAGUCGAAUCUCCAUCAAUCACUGAAGGAGGUUCUACUCAUGCCUUUGCUGCAUCUUUUGAGACUGCUUUUGAGGUCGACAAAGAAGUUGCAGCUGCAGUGAAGACUGCAUUCGUUCGACUGGCCAACCUCCCUUGUUCCUUUCACGGAGAAGAAUUCAGUGAAAGUCAAGGUUUGCUUUUUAAAAUCAGCCAGAACCCAGAUGGAGAUAUACGGAAGGAUCUCUUAUUAUCAGAGAUAUCUUCAGAGGGAGAAACUGAAACUGGGUCAGAAUCAGAAGCCGACCCAUAUUCCACCAAUUUGGUGGAUGCAAAUCACAAAACCGAUAAACUCAAAACUAGGAGAGUAAAAGAUAGUAGCUAUAGAAAUCAUGCUUCAAAGAGGUCUACUUUUUCUAUGGCAGCAUUAGUUGAUAUGAUGUUUGAGAGGCUGAAGCUUUUGGGACCAGAUGAACUUGCUUCCCUUGCCAGUAUAGUUGCCACUUGUGGUUUGAGUGCAUUGCUUGAAGUGGAAAAUAACAAGCAAAGGCAUCCUGAAUCUGAUCAUGGUGGUCUAGUACAGUUGGGAGCUGAGAAACACUCCCAUGGAGUAUCCCUUACUGAGGAUAUGUAUCUGAGGAAGAAACCCGCUGAAACUGAAUUACCAAGUCUCGAGAACCUUUUGGUCAAGCAUGUCACAAAAUUAGAGAGAGAAGUCCUAGAAUCUAGAAAAAAAAUUCGAACUGAAGAGCAGAAAGGAGAUGAGAAGGAUGAUGUUGGGGUUUUAAAACUGGGUUUAGUGCAAAAAAAGGAAGAUACCAAGGAAAGAAGUCUAGACCAGAUUUUAGUCAAGCAUGUUCAUAGAUUGGAGAGGGACAAAAUGCAGGCAAAGGAAGCAGGCAGGGAUCAUAUAAUCCAAAGAGACCAGAACAAAGCUCAGAAUGCAAAUUAUGAAAGUUUGGAUAAGAUUUUAGUGAAGCAUAUGUGUAGACUUGAGAAAGAAAAGGAAUUGCAUUCAAUGCAAACAAGCACUGGGACAGUGAGGGAGAAGAGAGGAGAUGGGAAGGAUGAUGUUGGGGUUUCAAAACUGGGUUUAGUGCAAAAAAAGGAAGUUACCAAGGAAAGCAGUCUUGACCAGAUUUUAGUCAAGCAUGUACAUAGAUUGGAGAGGGACAAAAUGCAGGCAAAGGAAACAGGCAGGGACCAUAUAAUCCAAAGAGACCAGAGAGACCAGAACAACGCCCAGAAUGCAAAUUACGAAAGCUUGGAUAAGAUUUUAGUAAAGCAUGUAUGUAGACUUGAGAAAGACAGAGAAUUGCAUUCAAUGCAAACAAGCAGUGGGAUAGUGAGGGAGAAGAAGAAGACUCCUCAAUAUGAGAAUGUUGGGGAGAGCUUGGAUCAAGUAUUGGUGAAGCAUGUUUCGAGGCUUGAGAAGGAGAAAAUGUUGUCUUCUCAACAAUUAUUAACAGUACAGAAAAAGAGUCGAGAUGUUGAGAAUGUGGAGGAGAAGAAGAAUGCUGGGGAAAGCUUGGAAGAAGUAUUGGUUAAACAUGUCUCCAGGCUUGAGAAGGAGAAGUUAUUGUCAGCUCAACAAUCAAUAGAACCCAUAAAACAUUGGGAUACUGGUUCACAAGAUUUGGGCCAAAAUGCAUCGAUUUCUGACUAUCGAAUAGGAGGAACCAAUCAUGGGGGAAAUUCUGCUCCUGCAAAUGAUAUCAUGAGCCUCAAAACUCGUAGAUAUCAGAGGGAAAGAGAGAUGCAGGAGGCAUGGGGAGGUCUAAGCUUAGGAAAUUCUCUAAAGCCUCGUCUUUCAAAACUUGAGAGGGACAAGGCUGCAUGGCGUCAAGCAGAGGACGAGGAGCGAGGGCCAUCAAGGGAACAGUGAAGAAAAUUCAAGCUCUCAAACACUUCAAGCAAACAGAUAAAUUUGGAUGGCUGGGGUGUGUCAUUUCUCCAAAAAACAUUUGUCAGACUUAGUGCAGUCAAUAGGACAUCCAUAGCCAGUGGAUUUUAAGGUGGACGGCCAAGAGUGAUUGUAACCUUUUUAUUACUAAAAGGCAAACAGUUAGAUCCAUGAACGAAGAUUGAUUUUCUAUUGCAUGAGUGCCAUAUCAUGUUGCUCCAUGUUGAAGAUGUCGACAUUUUUUCUGUUUACUUUCAUAAUUGAAAAAUAUUCCAAUGGAUAACUGCUUAAAUCAGUCGUCUAUGUUCAGCAAUCUUGUUCUUGAUGUUCCUAUGAGAUAUGUAAACAUUGGUGUCCAUAAGAUGCUUAAAUCAGUCAUAUAUGUUCAGCAUUCUUUUUCAAGAUGUUAAUAUGAGAUAUGUAAACAUUGAUUUCCAUAAGAUGCAGUUUCUAUAAAAGGCCGACCUUACAGAAAUAAAAGUAAAGCCUCAACUCAA